CUCGCUCUACAAUCCUCACCUGUUAUCAUUUUAUACCAUCACAUCCUUGGCCUCUGUCAUUCGAAUUCGUUCUUUAACGCUAGGUUCCACGCCGGUGCCUGGAACGGCUCUCGAGACUUUGUUGGCCGCCUUGUCAACAUGCAUCUGCUUUGCCUUGUUUUUUGUGAGCGUAACAACCCCGCGAGAGAUUGAACGCGAGGAGCUUUUGGAUCUUGACGAUAGUGAUGGGAGUGUCAUGAUCUUGAAAGAUGGUCGAGUCCUGCGUAAUGGUCGACUAUUGACACCAGAAGCAUCUGCUUCACCAUUAUCCAGCAUCAUGUUCAACUGGAUGAAUCCUUUUCUCACGCAACUACGACAAGCACCUACUGUUUAUGCUGAGGAUCUAUGGGCGUUGACCAGACAGCAUCGCGCCAAAGAGUGCCACAGAGAUUUCGAAUGCGUGGAACGAGGUGAAGGUCCUUUCAGCCUUCUUUAUCAAAUCUACCAAAGCAAUCGUCAUGCUAUUUGGUUCCAAUGCAUCACUUCAUUAGGCGCAGUUUUAUCCCAUUAUUCGAACCCAUAUUUCCUCGACAAAUUUCUUCAGUAUAUUGAGGAUCCCGCUGGCAGACCGCUUCAAAUCGCUUACCUGUAUUGUCUUGGAAUGUUUGCUGGUAGCGUAGUCAACACUCUGUUUUCGUCUCAGACUUUACUAUGGGGCCGAAGAUGCAAUGUUCGAAUGACCAACAUGCUGAAUGCUGAGAUUUAUGCUAAAAGUCUUCGGAGAAAAGACGCCACUGGGUUCGCCAAAGCCGCGGAGAAGGACGACGGUAGUGACAAUGCCGAAGAUACCGUCAGUGAGACGACCACUGGAAAAAUCACAAACUUGAUGAGCGUUGACGCUGAACGUUUGGCGGAAAUGUCAUCCUACAUCCACAUAUUUUACAGCAGCCCUUUUGAAAUUUUGUUCGGCGUCAUCUUUUUAUAUCGAAUAAUGGGCACUGCUGCGUUGUUCGGGCUAACAGUCAUGAUCGUCUCCAUUCCUCUUCAUCAUUACAUGGGCAAGAAAUAUCACCGCAUUCAAGAAAGACUGAUGACGGCAAGAGAUAGAAGAACGGAAUUAUUGAACGAACUUCUCCAUGGCAUUCGCAUGGUCAAGGCGUUCGCAUGGGAAAGAAAAUGGGAAGAGAAGAUAUUGAGAGCGCGAAAUAUCGAAUUGGAUAGAUUUGUUCGUGUCUAUAUCAUGAACACUUGCGUCGGGCUUGUGUGGUUUGCAUGCCCAGUUCUUGUAACUGUAGUGUCUUUUCUCUGGUAUACCAAGGUUGAAGGGCAUGAACUGACGGCAAGCACCGCAUUUGUCAGUAUCGUACUAUUUGGCAUGAUCCGAGAUCCCUUAAAUGUCAUUCCGGAAGCAUAUAUGUCUUACAUCGACGCCAAAGUCAGUUUAACCCGUAUUAGCGACUUCCUCAGCGAAGAUGAGAGAGGAAGUGACAGGAAAGGCGCAAAAAUGCUUUCUCCAACGUUGAACAACAGCCAGCGAGCUCGCUGCGGAUUCGACGAGGGAACAUUCCAGUGGCAUAGCCAUCUCAAAGAUAACAGCAAGUCAAAUCAUGACGAUGGUCUUACCAAAACCAUCGACGCUGUUGUGAAAGGUGACAAAGAGCCUACAGAGAAUGACCCAUUGCUUCCUGUCAAUCGAAACCGUGAGGACGCUACUUCCUACUCGUCAUCAUCCAGCACAUUGACAGCAAUAACCUACCAUGGCACGAACAGUUUCGUACUUGAUUUGCCUACCAUGACUUUUCCAUCGGGAAAGCUGACCAUCAUUUUCGGGUCUACUGGAAGUGGCAAGAGUAGCUUGUUGAACGCCUUGUUGGGUGAAAUGGAUGCCGUUACUGGUCGCGCCUGGUUGCCAUCCAAAUUUGAUUGGAACAAGAUUAUGACCACAGACAAAUUUGCUUUGGACUCGGUCGAUUCUAGUUUAUACAUGUACAAGGUGGCCUAUGCCGCUCAGCAACCUUGGAUUCAACAUGCAUCGAUUCGUGACAACAUUGUGUUUGGACAACCAUUUGAUGAAUUGCGAUACAACAAAGUGCUUUAUCAGUGUGCACUGGUCAAGGAUCUCGACAUUUUGGAAGAUGGUGACCUUACGGAGAUUGGUGAAAAAGGCAUCAAUCUUUCUGGAGGACAGAAACAACGAGUCUCUUUGGCUCGUGCUGUUUACUCUCGUGCCAAAACGGUUCUUCUGGAUGAUUGUCUUUCCGCUGUCGAUGCCAACACUGCCAGUCAUCUUUACGAAAAGUGCUUACUUGGCGACUUGAUGCAUGAUCGCACGAUCAUUUUAGUCUCUCAUCACGUUCGACUUUGUCUUGGUGGUGCGUCGUAUCUUGUACAGAUGAACCGCGGGCAAGUGAUCCGCCAUGGUAACGUUGAAGACCUUCGUAACAACGGUGAACUAGCCCAAAUCUUUGGGGACGAUGAUAUACCAGAUCAUAUCACCGAAUUCGUCAAGAAUGAUGAUGAAGCCGGAUUUAACGACCAAGACAGCGCUAAAAGCUACGCAGGAAGUGACGUGCUGCGCGCAGUUCCUAAAAAGCUAAUUGAGGAAGAAGUUAGGCAAAUUGGCAAAGUCAAAGUCAAGAUUUACGCAACCUACCUCUUGGCGUGUGGUGGCCUUCUCUUUUGGGGAACGUUGAUAUGUUUUUAUGUUAUAUCGCGUCUCUUCAAUAUUGCCGAGAACUAUUGGCUCAAGGUUUGGUCAGCAGCGUACGAUAAUAAACACUCAUGCACGAACGUCACCGCCUCUGUAGCGUCCAUAGGACAAGUGGUCCUUCCGCAGCUGACUGGGGCCGCCACCAAGAGAGCUUCAACCGUGGUACUUUAUGGUCAACUUUUCGACAAGGAGUGCUCCAAUGAGCCUGUAUCCGUCAAUUAUUACAUCUCUAUUUACGUUUGGAUUUGUUUUGGUGCCAUUAUCAUCAGUUUGCUUCGAUCCCUCAUCCAGUACUACGGUUCUUUGCGAGCCUCUCGAUUAAUUUUCCACAAGCUACUGAUAUCAGUGUGUCAUGCACCUAUGCGGUUCUUUGAUACUACUCCGGUGGGACGAAUCCUAAACCGAUUUUCCAAAGACAUGGAGACAAUCGAUCACAGUUUGAGUUGGCACGCGACCUUGUUGUUGCAAACUUUACUUGGCAUUACCGCGGUGGUGGCGGUUAUUAGUGCGAUCACUCCCGAAUUCCUAUUUGCCAGUGUGGUUAUAGGAAUCAUUUACAUCUUUAUCGGAACGUACUAUGUUCGGGCUUCGAGAGAAUUGAAGCGCAUCAAUUCCGUCACUCGGUCCCCGAUCUUCAGUCAAUUUUCAGAGACUCUGGUAGGCGUUACCACCAUCCGAGCCUAUGGUCAAGAGAAGCCUUUCAUGUCCGAAAUGCUCAACCGCCUGGACGAAAACAUGAGAUCCUAUUAUACAUUGUGGACAACCAACCGCUGGCUUUUUGUACGAGUGGAAAUGUCAGGUUCUCUUGUCUCGUUCCUCGCUGGUGUAUUCCUGCUUCGCAAUCUGAAUACCAUUGACGCUGGUCUUGCUGGUCUUUCCUUGAGUUUCUCUUCUACUUUCCUGGAACAUAUUUAUUGGCUUGUGAGACAGUAUACAACGGUGGAAAUGCAUUUGAACUCGGUGGAACGUGUUCAAGAAUACCUUGAGAUGCCUCAAGAGCCCCCAGGUAUCAUUGAAGACAGUCGACCUCCUAUGAACUGGCCAUACGAAGCAGCCAUCUCGGUACGAGAUUUGGAAGUCAGUUACUCCCCGGAUGAUGAUCCGGUACUUCGCGGAAUAUCCUUUGAUGUACAGCCCCGAGAAAAGGUUGGCAUCGUCGGCCGUACUGGAUCAGGAAAGACAACGCUUACUCUGAGUUUCCUACGAUUUGUUGAGCCACUGAAGGGAUCCAUCGUGAUUGAUGGUAUCGACAUUCAAUCUAUUGGUGUAGAUGACCUUCGGUCAAAAUUGACCAUCAUACCUCAGGACGCCAUUUUAUUUUCCGGCUCUAUACGGGUGAAUCUCGACCCAUUUGAUGAAUUCUCAGACAGUGAGAUAUGGCAAGCAUUACGUAGAGUUCAUCUCGUAACCAGCCACUCUUUCCUCCUGGAUAUGGACGAGGAGGACAAUCUUAGCAUUAUCACCAGUCUGGAUACCCAAAUCAGUGAAGGUGGCACGAACUUCUCACAAGGACAACGACAACUCUUAUGUAUGGCUCGCGCUCUAUUGCGCAAUAGCACACGUUUGAUUGUCAUGGACGAAGCAACAUCCAGUGUUGACUUUGACACCGACAAAAAGAUACAAACCACAAUUAGAGAAGAAUUUGCAGAUUCAACUCUGCUUUGCAUUGCCCAUCGCUUACGUACCAUCAUUGACUAUGACAAGGUACUCGUGAUCGACGAAGGCAAGGUUGUAGAAUACGAUACGCCAUAUAACCUUUUACAUGGGCACUCUGGUGUUGGCGUAUUCAAAUCCAUGUGUGAACGAUCAUGGGAAUACGAUCACCUGAUUGAUAUUGCAAAUCAAGUAGAAGCCGCCAAGCAAGCAAUUCCAAAGUAAAACUGCAAAACUCUCCCACCUCACCAACCAACCCAAACAUGCCCACAGAUGAAUUUAGGCAGACAAUUUUGUGUUCAUCAUUGCAUUAUCAUUCACCACAAGAACUGCUUUUCAAUUGCACAGAUACUUCUCAUCUGUUUCAUAGCCAUGUAUAUUGACAAUAUUGAUCCUCCAAUGUAACGUUUUU